AUGCUGCUGAGGCGGGAGGCGGCCGGCGGGCAGCUGGCCGGGAGGAGCGGGGCCCCUGCUGCUACUGCUGCCGCCGCCGGGAGCCCCCAGCACCUGCCCGAGGAUGAGUGGGAGGAUGCCGGUUCCGAGAUCCUGGAGGAGGAGGAGGAGGAGGAGUCGGACACCUGCAGCGUCCUGUCGGACGAUUCCUUCUACCCCCCGGAGCUGCGCUCGCUGAGUAGCGAGACCACGAGUGUGACCGAGGGCCCGCUCACCCUCUACCGGGCCUGCGCCACCAGCAACGCCGUUGGACUCAAGGAGUUGAUGUGCCGGAAACUGAGCGAGCGGGAGGUGAUGGAGAAGGACAAGAAUGGCAGGACUGGACUGAUGGUGGCUUGUUAUCAGGGGUUCAUGGACAUUGUUUUCAUCUUGGCCGAGUGCCCUCAUCUUGAUGUCAACUGGCAAGACAAGGAGGGAAACACAGCUCUGAUUAUCGCAGCACAAGCAGGGCACAUUACGAUCACCAAUUACUUGCUGAACUAUUAUCCUGGAAUUGACAUCGAGAGGAGGAAUGUUCACGGGUUCACUGCACUGAUGAAAGCAGGAAUGCAAGGAAGAACAGAUUGUGUCAGAGCCCUGAUGCUGGCAGGUGCUGAUAUCAAUGCGACAGAUCCAGGGAAGGGGUUUACUCCACAACAAUGGGCACGUUUUACAGGGCGGUAUGAAACAGUCUUCCUCAUGCAAAAGCUCCUGGCCAAGCCUUGCCCUGUCCAAUUCAGUGAUAACUAUAAGCCCGAGUGGCCAAAACUGAAAGAACUUGUAGCCAAAGCCAAUGAACCCAAGAACUGUUUAGAAAAAAUUUGUGAGACUCUCAGGUCAGCAUUGACCAUCAACUUUCCUCACGAUCCAGAAGAAGAUGGGCCUCUUGACCACAUGGUCAGAAUGACCACUGCCAUCACCAGCCCUUUUGUUGCGACUGGAUGCAGGACAGUCUGCCCAAGCAGCCCCCCUUGUGUGGGGAAGAAAAGGUACACAGUUCAGGAGAUUCUGCGGCAGCAAGAAUCUCGGGAAACAAAGGCUCCAAACAAGGAUUAUGUUAAAUACCGAAAACUAUUUCAGAACUCUCAACUGGUCAUGGUCUCGAAAAAGAAGGAAAGGAGAGCCAGCCUACAGCUGCUGAGGUCUUCCUCCGCACAGGCAUCAGCUACUUCCUCCAGGAGGAGUAGUCUAAUGCCCUUGGGCAUGCUCAAGUGGAGUACUGUUCAGCCAGGCAUCGUGGUGCCAAAGGUGCGCGUGGUCAAAGCGCCCACUCCAACUUACCACCCUGAGAAAGUGCGCAAGAAGAGCAGUGCCAAGGGCAGCAACUUGCUGGAACUACCCAUAUGGAGGUAUAAGGAGCUGAAAGAGGAGAGAAAGAAAGCAGAGGAAGAAGAGAAAAGGAAAGCUCAAGAAGCAGAGAAAGAGAGAACGCACAAGGUAGCACUAAAAAGGAAGUCAUAGGGAUAAAAAAGAUGUGUCAAAAUGGAAUGCACAGCAAAACCAGAAAGAAACUGGAAUCUUGCACUUCUGAACAAUUCCUCUGCCAAACAGGAAAAUUUAUUAACCAAGAGAGGCCUGCGAGUCUUAUAAGGACCAGGUCAACAACUGAUAUUUACAGGUUCUCAGCAUAAGCAGUUGAAUGUAAUGGGUAGUUCAUGUUAUGGUGCAAGGUGUAUGAUUUUAGUGUUACAGGACAUGGCUAAGUGUUUCCUGUUUACUUGCACAGUGUGUCUGAAAUCUUCAAUUAACACAAUCCACCCUUGUUGAAAGUGUCCAGAGGUUGCACCUUUGAUCUGAAAAUAGUUUCGAAGCUGUAUUUAGUCUCCAAGUCUGCAAAUUGUCAAAAAGCAUUUUCUUUCUUUGUUAUUGAUCAUGUGGACGGUGUAGUUCUCUGUUUAAUAAGCCAAGUGCUAAAACAUCAGGCACUUGCUUCUGUAGGUUUUCCUGGAGAGAUGGAGCAGAGACCACAUUUACCUCAAGCACCCAACACAUUGAUCACCAUGGCUUUAAUAGGACAGAGGUCUAGCAUGCCAAUAGAAGUUAAGUUCAGUUCAUUAAACUGUGCCACAAUCACAUUGGAAGAGCUGCACCUGCUAUGAUCAAUUAAUGUUCUGAAAUAUACUGGAAUCUGGUAUAAUUUACCAGUGAUUUUCUUAAGAACAGUAAUUCUUAUUUCAAUGGUGACGCUACUGGAUUGAGAAACCAUGGUCAUAUGUUUGAAAGAAAUGUUGUUAGCAAACUAGUGGACAGCUCUGAGAAGUUGUUUGUUUCUGAGGCUUGCAGAAUGUGAUUGGGUAGCUGUGGAAAAAAAAAGCUACAAGUAGCAGGAUCUAACAAUUCACCUUUGUUUUAAAGAAAAACACUUCAAUAUAUAAUCUACCUCUGAAUCACCUGUCCCAGUUGUAUCCUACUGUGAGCUGCUGUUGAAGCUUAAUUCAUUUACUGAUCCUCACUGUAAUCACUUGCUCUUCCAGGGCAGAGGUUCAGCCCACAACAAAGCAACAGUCCCACUGAGGAGUAGGGAUAUUAUAUGCACCCUAUUUGGUACAGUCUUUUGGAGAGGGCAGUGUGCUGACUUUCUAAUCUUCAAGUAGUGCACAUUUGUGUUAGGCUUGUGCUGGGCAGCAGGAGUUCAGCUACAAGUGAUUCUUUGCAACAUUCCAUUAGAAUAGUGGCCAAUUUGUUACUGAAUAUUCAAGAUGUUGCUUAUCCCCUUUUUGAUCCAGUGAAAUGCAAAUGAUAAUUAAGAUACAAGGCCCUAAGAUUAUGUAUGGAAUAAGACAAUGCAAAGGGGGUAAGUAUCAGUUUAAAGAGUACCAAACUACAUACACCAAAUCAUAUUUGGAAUUCUCUCUUUAGACUCAGUUCUAUAAUUGCUCGAGGUGGAAAUUGGUCUUGGUCUUUUGUAUAAUCAAGGCUAGUCAUGGUCAGCAGAAUUUUAUGAGCCAUUGUUUUCUCGCUUUUCAAAGUUUGACAUAUUUGAGUAACUUUAAACGCUGAUAGUACAGAUUCAUUCACAAUAUUUGGCAAGUAUGAAGUAUUUUUGUUGAAAGAAUGCAUUAUUGGCUUUGAGGCAGUUGGGUCAGUUUGAAACAAAUUACCCAGUUUUUAGUGUAAUUUAGUGACUUUAUCGUGUCCCGCAGGAUUCUGCAAGGCAAGUUUACACAGUGGUCUCUUUCAGGUAGUUGUGAGGAUACCUUUAACAGAUAGUUAAAUUUAAGAAUGAUGACAAUUCUUAUGCACUAGGUUGGAAAUUUCAUUCAUCCAAAGGGCCUGCUUAGCAGAUUUGUUAACUAGAAGGCAGAAUGAAACCUUCCUCUCCAUGAGAUCUAUCUCGUUUGUAAAGGUAAAUUACGUAGAAAAGACUUGCCCCACUAUGCCUAAUAAUGUUUUUGGGUCUAUGCUAUCAGUUCAGUCAAACAUCAUUGUAUUGUUACACUACCUACACAUGGCAUUAAGCCUGAAUCUGGUUUCAUUUACAGGAACAACAAAGGUUGUACAAUACCAGCAAGCAGAUCAGACAACUUAGGAUCUCAGUUCUAGGUGUCAGACUUUAACCUACAGACCAGGGCAUCAUUUUCUUGUCACUUCAUUCAGACAGGAAGUAUUAUGCAAUAAGCAUUGUAGAGAAAUAAAAACAGAAAAUGCAGGAACCAUUCAGCAAGUCAGAUUUGAUCUGUAAAGUGAGAAAGUGUCUUUUGGGUUCUCUCCCUUUUCCCUUUCUGAAGGUUAGUGACCUGACACAUUAAUUCUUGUUACUCUUUCCAUAAAUGGUACCUGACCUGCUGAGGAUCUCCAGCAUCUUCUGUUUUUAAUUUAAAUUUUCCAGCAGUUGCAGUUAUUUUGCACCUGAAGCAUUGUAUGAGACUCAGCAAAUUAACAAACAUUAUCAGUGGGAUUACACUACCUAUAUGUCAGAGAAAUAAUCACUUGGUGCUGUAAAUGUGCUUCCAGUUGAUUUAGACAAGUGUUUUAGUAAAAGUAGCCAGUUCUGGAUCUAAAAAUAAUCCUGUCAUUAACCUAAUCAUGUGAACUUGAGAUGUUUAAAUAUUGACCACUUCAAACUGUCACUGUCUUUUCCCUGAAGUUAAAACAUGGACCUUAAGUAGACUAUACACAUCAGAACUGGGUAGCUGGCUCCCCAUCAAAACUGUGACACAAAAGGCAAGCUAUUCUUUAAAAAGUAUGAAGAGAGACAUGGUCAAAAAGACCCACAAACAAGUGCUCAGAAAGUUUACAGCUGUAAUUGUUUUUCUCUUUAUACCCUUGGGCUAAAAUCAAUAAAACUAAAGAGGAUUUUUAGCCCUAUCUAUUGAUUUGACCACAAAAUGUGGGCAUCUCUGGCAAUGCCAGUAAUUAUUGUCCAUCCCUUAUUGCCCCUGAACUGAGGAGACUGUUAAGAGGCAAUCACAGGGGUGUGGCUGGAGCUAGAGGCGAGACUGUGUAAGGAUGACAGAUUUCAUUUCCUGAAGUACACUAGUUAAUCAAUUGGUUUCUUAUGACAAUCUGGUAGUUCUGUAGUUACCUCUAAGCUAGGUUUAUCUUUACAUGAAUUUAAUUACAUGAAUUCAAAUUCCCCAAGUCAUCCCUGUGAGAUUCAAACUUGUGUUUCUGGAAAAGUGAUCCAGAAUCCUGGCUGCUAGUUCUGUAACUUAACCACUACCAUACUACAGAUUGCUCAGCUAGAGCUUUAUUUAUGAUCUGUAACCCUAGGUCACUUCCAUUGAAAAUGUAAUCUUACGACCCCUAUUCCUCUUAGGAAAUGGCCAAUGACCAUAAACAGCACACCCUGGGAUGACACUGGCAAUAUGCAACUAACAAAAUAAAUUUUGGUACUUGGGAAUCAUUUGCUUUGGGUAGACAUUCUCAUUAUAGAAGAAAAUCCUUAGCACAUGUGCUCUUUAUUGUUCAGUUAGUGAUGUAGCACAUUUCAGCCCUGGGGUGGAAUACAUUUUAUAAGGCAGGUCACUCAGGGAUGAGACAGUCCACAGCAGCUCUGACAUACAGAAAUGCAUUCUGCUGUCUUUAUUGAGUUCACCAGCUAGCAAUAAUUUUAAAAAAUGGUAGAACCUUUCCCUAUUUGUGAUUUUAUGUGAUAUUAGAGGGAAAUGAGUUAAGAUGUCAUCAUUAUUUAAAAUGUAAUGGUCCUACACUGUGGCAGAACAAGAUGUUUAUAUGCAAUUUUUUUUAACUGGAAUACCAAGCUAUUUUUACAAAACAACUACAUAAUAUUUAAAUCUUGUUUUAAAAUCAUUUUAAGGUUACUGAAUUGAUAUGGAAACUCAGUUUAAAUGUUACCAAGGAUGAUCCUUGGGAACAGAAAUACUAAACAUGAUAAUUAUGGAUACUUUCAAAAAUGCAUCAAAUAUUGAAUGUCAAAUGAAAAGUUUAAAACCACACUAUAAUUAUUGUAAAACAUUGUUUUGCAUUAAAAAGAAAACUGGUUGAAAAUUCA